UUCUGAACGAUUUGGGAGACAUCCUAAGGAUAUGGUGCUUUCUCUAUGUCUGACAAGGGUCAAAAGGCUUGGAUAGAAAAGACAUUUUUCAAAAGAGAAUGCAUCUACAUAGUUGCCAACAGCAAAGACAGCAACAGAUGUUGCUGUGGUCAGCUCAUUACACAGCAUGUCCCAGCUCCUCAGAAUGCAAUAGCCAACAAGAUUGGAGAAGACAACAAACAAUUGGAAGCUGUGCCUGAAAAAUGGUCCAUAGGUAAACACACACAACUGAAUCCCACAGAUGCAUUUGGAAUACUGGAGUUUCAGGGUGGAGGACAUUCAAAUAAAGCCAUGUACAUCCGGGUAUCUUAUGAUACGAAGCCUGACUCUCUACUUAACCUUAUGGUAAAAGAUUGGCAGCUAGAACUCCCAAAGCUUUUAAUCUCUGUACAUGGUGGACUCCAGAACUUUGAGAUGCAGCCUAAACUAAAGCAAGUCUUUGGGAAAGGGUUAAUUAAAGCUGCCAUGACCACUGGGGCCUGGAUAUUCACUGGGGGUGUCAGUACAGGUGUAAUUCGUCAUGUGGGUGAUGCCUUGAAAGACCACUCUUCCAAGUCCAGAGGAAGAAUAUGUGCCAUAGGAAUUGCACCUUGGGGUAUUGUAGAAAACAAGGAGGAUCUUAUAGGAAAAGAUGUAACAAAACCUUAUCAAACAAUGUCAAAUCCUCUGAGCAAAUUAUCUGUGCUGAACAACACUCAUACACACUUCAUAUUAGCGGAUAAUGGCACGCUUGGAAAAUAUGGAGCAGAGGUCAAGUUGAGGCGCCAGUUAGAAAAGCACAUAUCACUUCAGAAAAUCAAUACAAGACUAGGACAAGGUGUGCCAGUGGUAGCACUAAUUGUGGAAGGAGGUCCUAAUGUUAUCUCCAUUGUCCUGGAAUGCCUGCGUGAAGAGCCGCCGAUCCCUGUGGUUGUCUGUGAUGGAAGUGGCCGAGCCUCUGACAUACUGUCCUUUGCUCACAAAUACUCAGAGGAAGCAGGGAUAAUCAGUGAAUCUCUUCGUGAUCAGCUUCUUGUUACCAUUCAGAAAACAUUUAACUACAGUCGGAAUCAGGCUCACCAGCUUUUCAUUGUCCUAAUGGAAUGUAUGAAGAAAAAGGAACUGAUUACUGUUUUCCGGAUGGGAUCAGAAGGCCAACAAGAUAUUGAGAUGGCUAUCCUGACAGCACUUCUAAAAGGUACAAAUGCCUCAGCUCCUGAUCAGCUCAGUUUAGCAUUAGCAUGGAAUCGGGUUGACAUUGCACGCAGCCAAAUUUUUGUAUUCGGACACCAGUGGCCGCCUUUAGGAAGCCUUACAGCUGAUGGGAUCAAUCAGGAUAAAGAAAAGCGAUCACCUGCUGCACAAGCUAAGGCACCCAGAGGGAAAGGCAAAGGCAAAAAGAAAGGGAAAGGCAAAGAGGAACCAGAAGAGGAGACAGAUCCCAGGAAGAUUGAGCUUCUGAACUGGGUGAACUCUCUAGAGCAAGCUAUGAUGGAUGCCCUGGUACUAGAUCGAGUGGAUUUUGUGAAGCUUCUUAUUGAGAAUGGAGUCAACAUGCAAAGGUUUCUCACUAUUCCUCGCUUGGAAGAACUGUACAAUACUAGACUGGGUCCUCCUAAUACUUUACAUUACCUUGUACGAGAUGUAAAGAAGAGAAUUACUAGGGGCUUCGGAUGGGUUAACAUGGAGGGUAAUUUGCCACCAGAUUAUCAUGUCAGUUUGAUUGAUAUUGGCCUUGUGCUGGAGUACCUCAUGGGUGGGGCCUAUCGCUGUCAUUACACCAGAAAGUCCUUCAGGACCCUGUACAAUAACCUGUUUGGACCAAAGAGGCCAAAAGCCCUCAAGCUUUUAGGAAUGGAGGAUGAUGAGCCUCCAACUAAAGGGAAGAAAAGGAAGAAAAAGAAGAAAGAGGAAGAAAUUGACAUAGAUGUGGAUGAUCCGGAGGUUAGCCGAUUCCAAUAUCCCUUCCAUGAACUUAUGGUCUGGGCUGUGCUCAUGAAAAGGCAAAAGAUGGCGCUCUUUCUAUGGCAGCGUGGAGAAGAAACCAUGGCAAAAGCUUUGGUAGCUUGCAAACUAUACAAGUCAAUGGCUCAUGAGUCCUCUGAAAGUGACCUUGUUGAUGACAUUUCCCAAGACCUGGACAACAAUUCAAAGGAUUUUGGUCAACUGGCUGUGGAGCUUUUAGAUCAGUCCUACAAACACGAUGAGCAGGUUGCCAUGAAACUAUUGACUUAUGAACUUAAGAACUGGAGUAAUUCUACUUGUCUUAAACUAGCUGUGGCUGCCAAACAUCGGGACUUUAUAGCACACACAUGCAGCCAGAUGCUACUGACAGAUAUGUGGAUGGGGCGUCUGCGCAUGAGGAAGAACCCAGGCCUUAAGGUAAUAUUAGGAAUUGUUUUCCCACCGACCAUUUUGUUUCUGGAAUUCCGCUCCCACGAUGACCUUUCAUUUCAUACCUCAAAAGAAUAUGAAGAAGGAAAAGAGAAAGAAGAAGAUAACAUGGAUGUGAAUGCUGAUGCCAAUUCUCGGAAAGGAGAUGAAGAGAAUGGAAACAGAAAACAAAGGAGUAUUCCUAUUGGCACAAAAAUCUAUGAGUUCUACAAUGCCCCAAUAGUCAAAUUCUGGUUUUAUACAAUUUCCUACUUAGUAUAUUUAAUGUUAUUUAAUUAUGUUAUUUUGGUGAAGAUGGAGCGAUGGCCUACACUUCAGGAGUGGAUUGUUAUUUCAUAUAUCUUAACACUGGGACUUGAGAAAGUGAGAGAGAUUUUAAUGUCUGAGCCUGGAAAACUGAGCCAGAAAAUAAAGGUCUGGUUACAAGAAUAUUGGAAUAUUACUGAUCUUGUGGCCAUUUCAGUGUUUAUAAUUGGAGCAAUUCUUAGACUACAAACGCAGCCAUAUAUGGGUUAUGGAAGAGUCAUAUACUGUGUGGAUAUUAUCUUUUGGUAUAUUCGGGUUUUGGACAUAUUUGGAGUCAACAAAUACCUUGGACCCUAUGUUAUGAUGAUUGGAAAAAUGAUGAUUGACAUGCUGUAUUUUGUCAUCAUAAUGCUGGUUGUGUUGAUGAGUUUUGGUGUGGCAAGGCAGGCCAUUUUGCACCCAGACGAGGAGCCUUCUUGGAGGCUAGCCCGCAACAUCUUUUACAUGCCAUACUGGAUGAUCUACGGAGAGGUGUUUGCAGACCAGAUUGACCGUAAGACUAGAGUUCAUAUGUAUGCAAUGGAGAUAAACCCUCCCUGUGGUGACAACCUUUAUGAUGAUGAUGGGAAACGUCUUCCUCCAUGCAUCCCUGGUGCUUGGCUAACUCCGGCCAUCAUGGCAUGUUAUUUGUUGGUGGCAAACAUCCUCUUAGUAAACCUGUUAAUUGCGGUCUUCAAUAAUACAUUCUUUGAAGUGAAAUCCAUUUCAAACCAAGUGUGGAAGUUCCAGCGUUACCAGCUUAUCAUGACCUUUCAUGACCGACCUGUUUUACCACCUCCGUUGAUCAUCUUUAGCCACAUAUACAUUAUUUUAAAGCGCAUUUGUUGCCGCUGCAGAAAGGGGCAAGAAGGGGAACUGGAUGAGCGAGACAGAGGGCUGAAGCUGUUUCUGAAUGAUGAAGAACUAAAGAAACUCUAUGAAUUUGAAGAACAAUGUGUAGAGGAAUAUUUUCAGGAGAAGGAAGAUGAGCAGCAGUCCUCUAAUGAUGAGCGGAUUCGGGUUACAUCUGAAAGAGUUGAAAAUAUGUCCAUGAGAUUGGAAGAAGUGAAUGAACGGGAACAUUUUAUGAAGGCUUCCCUUCAAACAGUUGAUCUUCGUCUUUCUCAGUUGGAAGAACUUUCAGGUAGAAUGGUGAAUGCUCUUGAAAAACUUGUUGGUAUUGACAAGUCUGAAUUGAUUCACGUCCGCUCACGAGCCUCUUCAGACUGUGAUGCAGCCUAUCUUCUAAGACAAGGAAGCGUGAAUAGUUCGGAUGGUAACAGCAUGUAUAAAUACCAUGUAGAAGGUGAUGAAGUAACAGGGGAUGACAGCGCAGCGUCCAUGUCACCUGCAUUGGGGUUACGAAGAAAGGCCUAUUCUUUUGGGAUGAAAACAGAUAAAGGUGCAGAAGAUGAUCAAAGAGCCCAGUUAGUGUCACGGCAGAGCAGUCUACGUUAUGCUUCAAGCGCCAAUGCUGUUGCCACCAAGGACUUGAGCAAACUGACUUUAGAAAUUAUUUCACAAAGACCCAUUUCUUGUAUCGAUACAUGGACUCCGGUAAGUGAUAAACAACAGUUGAGCAAGGAAGACACUGGCGGAGAAACACUCGUACAAAAUGAUGUCAUCAGAAAUGGCCAGUCGCUUGGAAAUGUUCCUGCUUCUGACUUGUCAAAUUCUCAUCUAACAGUUGAAAGGACAAAGUUAGAAGCUACUAUAUCUUAUCCCUUAGAGAAAUCAAAAGUCGCAAAAUAUUUUCCCGGUGAAGCAUUUAAUACUUGUCAAACAACUAUGACAAAGUCUAGAAGUUAUAUCUUUACCCAAGCUGGUAAGCUAGUUGGUGGUGUUAACAACUGGACAACAGAGUAUAGCACAAUUAUGGACCAAGUUUGUCCGAGUUCAGUAGAAGACUGGGCCAACCAGUUCAGCUACAAAGAAGCUUCUUGCACAGAAACCUUACAGCUUCCCAACAUUGUAUCAGAAGCCGAGGUCCAGGCUGAGCUUAAACCAUUGCUUUCAGAUACGGAAGAUGAAAGUGACGUUGGCGAAAUAGGAAACAGUGCCUCCUUCACUGAAAGGACAGAGACGGAAAACUUACUCUCUGUUCAGUCAGAAAAGAAUUAUCACAUCUCUUCUCCUCGAUCAAAGAGUUUACACAGUCAUUCUAGAAAGACUCGAUCCCUAAUGGAUAAACUAGAAAGACCUGGACAUGCUAGUAGUGUUAUGAACAUUGUAGUCGCCUGUGGAAGUGCAGAGGACUUGAAAGCAAAAAAGGAAAAUACAUCAACAGAGACAGAAUGUUAAACGUAUGUGUGUAAACUGAUUAGUAAACUGAGGGGGAAUGAGUAAAAUCAGUGACCCCAAUCACAAUGAAAUGUUAAUGGUUAAAUACUUACCUGUCCAAAAUUCAGUUCAAAAUCAAUAUUUAAAUUGUCAUUGUUUUAGGCAACAUGUGAUUGGAGGUGAUACUUCAAGCAAUUCUAUGACCAAUCGUAAUUUAAGUCAAU